AUGGCCUUAAGGCCUCUGGAACUCAUUCUGUCUCAUCAAAACAAUUACCUCCUUUCUUCGAUCCUCAUCUCGUCGUCUUAUCUUUCGUCCAAUCUCUCUCCUCCAUUUCCUCCCGUCACUUUCCUCCGACGAAUCGCUUCCCGGGCCCCUUUCUUUGUUUCACAGCGUCAGAAACAGAAGGAGAAGAAUCAGCCGCCGUCGCCACCACCGCCACAGUCGAAUCGCCUUCGGCCGUCUUUUUCCUUAUCGGAAACGCUGGCUCAGAAGAUCGGAAAAUCUAUUCGGCGCCCCGGCGCCCCUUCCAAGGCUAGGGUUUACUCCGACAUCAAUGUGAUCCGUCCGAAGGAGUAUUGGGACUACGAGUCUCUCGCCGUCCAAUGGGGGGAGCAGGAUGAUUACGAGGUGGUGAGGAAGGUUGGAAGGGGGAAAUACAGCGAGGUUUUUGAGGGCGUUCACUCCACCGAUAAUGAGAAAUGCAUUAUAAAAAUCCUUAAACCCGUGAAGAAGAAGAAGAUCAAGAGGGAGAUUAAAAUACUUCAGAACCUUUGUGGCGGGCCAAAUAUCGUGAAAUUGCUCGAUAUUGUUAGAGAUCAGCAAUCGAAGACUCCAAGUCUAAUAUUUGAAUAUGUGAAUAAUACAGAUUUUAAAGUGCUCUAUCCCACACUUUCUGACUUUGAUAUUAGAUAUUAUAUAAAUGAACUUCUGAAGGCAUUGGAUUACUGCCACUCUCAAGGUAUUAUGCAUCGUGAUGUGAAGCCCCAUAAUGUCAUGAUUGAUCAUGAGCAGCGUAAACUUCGACUUAUAGAUUGGGGCCUUGCAGAAUUCUAUCAUCCUGGGAAAGAAUAUAAUGUUCGUGUUGCUUCGAGAUAUUUUAAAGGUCCUGAACUUCUUGUUGAUUUGCAAGACUAUGAUUACUCUUUAGAUUUGUGGAGCCUUGGUUGUAUGUUUGCUGGAAUGUAUGCUUUUGCAAAUUCUGUGUUACGCAAAAUAUGCCUGGACAUAUCAAUUGGUGGACCUCCUCUCUAUCAAGCUGCAGCCCAAAGUUAUCCCCGAAAGAUGUGCAGUAUAUUAGUGGAUUUUGAUCUGCGGGCAUGUCAUCUAUGGGACCAUGGGUGGCUGAUGAUAUUCCGGAAGGAGCCAUUUUUUUAUGGGCAUGAUAAUCAGGAUCAACUGGUCAAAAUUGCUAAGGUAUUGGGGACAGACGAAUUAAAUGCUUAUCUAAACAAAUAUCGCCUAGAUUUAGACCCCCAUCUUGCGGCCCUUGUUGGGAGGCAUAGCAGGAAACCAUGGAUGAAGUUCAUUAAUGCUGACAAUCAACAUUUAGCUGUUCCUGAGGCAAUUGACUUUGUUGACAAGUUGCUGCGAUAUGAUCAUCAAGAAAGGCCAACUGCAAAAGAAGCAAUGGCCCAUCCUUAUUUCUAUCCCGUAAGAAAUGCAGAAAGCAGCAGAAUUCGUGCCUAG